AUGGCAAGUCUACAAUACACCACCCUCGACGUCUUCACGACANAAAAGUUCGCCGGCAACCCAUUGGCCGUAUGCCAAGUCCCCAAAGGCGCCACCCUCACCCAAGAGCAAAAGCAAACCAUCGCCGUCGAAUUCAACUACUCAGAAACCACUUUCCUGCACCCAUGCUCGAAUGAAGGCAGCGAAGUACCCGAAUGGCCCCUCGAUAUCUUUACAGUCAAGACUGAGCUACCUUUUGCCGGCCACCCAACCAUUGGAACAGCAUGUCAUAUCCUAAGCCAAACCGGCAAGACCAAGGGUAGAUUCAAGGUCAAGGCCGGCAUCAUUGAGCUCGACUAUACAGAUGGUGUAGCAAAGGCUUCUAUCCCUCACAACACCCACAUUCACUCUACAACCGAUUUAUCCGCUUGCGCCAUGUUGGACUGGCAAACUGGUCUCAAGCCCUUCUACAAGUCUGGGGAUCUAAAGGUGGAUGCCGUGAGUCCAGUCAAAGGCAUGAACUUCGCCAUGAUCGAGCUCAAGAGCUUGGAAGAAUUGGCAGCUGUGAACUUGCCAGGUAAAGAACUAAAUUUCUCCCUCGACGAGGAUUGGAAUGUUGGGCCUUGCUUCAGCAAAUUCUUUGUGCGUAUGCCUGAUCAGGGCGAUGGUGUCAGGAGACUCAGAACCAGAAUGAUCGAGGGCAACUUCGAGGAUCCCGCAACUGGGAGUGCUUGCUGUGGUCUUGCGGCAUACUUGGUCUUGAAGGAGGGUAUCCAAGAUGGAAAGGUCAAAUUUGAUAUCUUGCAGGCUGUUGAGAUUGGAAGACCUAGCGAGAUUGGUGUCGAGGUUGAGGUCAAGGGCAGUGAGAUCAAAACAGUCGUACUUUCCGGAAAGUCAGUGAGCGUUAUGGAAGGCAAGAUAUUCUAUGAAUAG